AUGAAUUCUGUUAAAGCAUUGUUAACCGAAUCACCCGAUCUAAAAACCAUUCCUUCUAUCUACGCCUACUCAAGUAACUCUAAGGAGCUCGUUGCAUUAGAUACUUAUGAUUCAAUCCCUACUAUUGAUUUUUCCUUGCUAACAUGUGACGAUCCUGUUAUACGGUUCCAAGUGAUCCAAGACCUUGGUAAUGCAUGCAACGAUUGGGGAUUUUUUCAGGUGAUUAAUCAUGGCGUACCCGAAACACUGAUGAAAAUGGUAAUUGAAAAAUCACAUGGCUUUUUCAACUUGACGGAAAAAGAGAAGAAAGAUUUUGAGGGAAAAGAUGUCUUUGAUCCGAUUAAAUAUGGAACCAGCUUUAAUAACAAGAAGGAUGAAGUAAUCUAUUGGAGGGAUUAUCUCAAGAUUAAUCUACACCCGGAGUUUCAUUGCCCAAACAAGCCCUUAGGUCUCAGGGAGGUUUUCUUUGAGUACUCGAAAAGAGCCAGAGAGGUAGCAAAUGGGCUCCUUAGUGGGAUAUCAACUAGCCUAGGACUCGACCAAACUUAUGUAAAAAAGGCAUUAAAUUUAGAUACGGGUUCACAAAUGUGUGUAAUCAACCUUUACCCACCUUGCCCACAACCCGAAUUGGCAAUAGGGUUGCCACCUCAUUCGGAUUAUGGCCUCUUCACACUCCUUAUCAACAACGGUGUAGGUGGACUCCAAAUCAAGCACAAGGGUAAAUGGAUCAAUAUUCACAACACUCUUCCCAAUUCGUUACUAAUCAAUACCGGAGACCAACUUGAGGUUUUCAGUAACGGGAAGUAUAAGAGUGUGGAGCAUCGGGCUGUUCUAAAUAACGUUGUAACGAAAAUAUCAGUAGUUAUAGCGUACGGGCCUACACUGGAUACCGUGGUAGCUCCGGCCGAUAAGUUGAUGGAUGAAGAAAGGUGCCCGGCUGCAUAUGCUCCUAUGAAGUACAAGGACUAUAUUGAAAUGCAACAACGCGGUCAACUCGUUCGGAAGAGUUGUUUGGAACGGGUUCGGGCAUGA